AUGACGAGAAAGAAGGUUAAGCUUAUGUGGAUAGUGAAUGAUGCAGCUAGGAAAGCUAGCCUCAAGAAAAGGAGAGUUGGGUUGCUGAAAAAAGUGAGUGAAUUGACCAUUCUAUGUGGUAUCGAGGCCUUUGUUAUCAUCUACAGUCCAGAUGAUCCAGAACCAGCUUUCUGGCCAUCACGCUCUGAGGUGCAACAACUUCUUAUGAGGUUCCACAACAUGCCCCAGAUGGAGCGUUAUAAGAAGAUGACGAAUCAAGAAAGCUACCUGAAAGAAAGGAUGGGCAAACUGAAUGACCAGUCCAGGAAGCACCUAAAGAAGAACAGGGAGCUGGAGAUGGCCGGCCUCAUGCAACAAGUCCACCAAGAUAAGGGAUUAGAUGGCUUGGAGCACACUCAAUUGUGUGGUUUAACUUGGUUGGUGGAGGAGAAAAUGAAGGAGAUAAGGAAAAGGGUUGAAUAUUUUCAACAAAUUCCCCCACUCCAGCCAGGUGCCUUUCCACUUGCUUCGUUUCCCCCUCGAGACCCUAACAACGAUGAUGGAACUGGAGGCCAAGCUGGAGGAGAAUCUGGAAAUGGGAGGAACAAUCCCACAGAUGGUGGUGCAUCAUGGGACCAAUGGUUCACUGAUAUAAUAAACAACCCAGAGCAUAAUGUUGCUGGAGGUAGCAGCGCCAGGAGUGACUUGGGGCCGCCGAAUCCAUUUAGCUUUACUGGUGGAAGCUCUGGUGGGGGACCUGACAUCGGGUUCCACCGUGGGCAUAAUGAUGGUGGUGGUAGCAGUUCUAGUGACAUUUUUCGCCUUGGCCUCCCUCAUAGCAGAAAUAUGGGAGGCAAUAAUUUUGAUCUGGGACUGCUGCCUCAUGAAAAUGAAUUUUUAAGAGGCAGCAGUUCUCGUGGGAACAACUUGGAUUUGGGGCUGCCUCUUAGCAGUAGUAUGACAGGAGGCAACAAUGCUGGAAACAGUUUUGAUCCUUGGCUGCCUCGUGGUCUAGGAUUUAAUCCAGGAGGCAACAAUAGUGUUGGACACAGUUUUGAUCUGGACUUGCCUCAAGGAAAUGAUAUAGGAGGCAAUAGCGCUGGUGGAAACACCUCUGACCUGUGGCUGACUCAUAUCAAUAAUAUGGGAGGCAACAUCGCUUCUGCCAAUAAUGUUGAUCCUUGGCUGGCUCGUGGAGAUAUGGGUGGAGAGAAUUUAGGACUGGGGCUGCUUCCUGGAAGUAGUUUUGCUGGAAGCAGUACUGGUGGAAGCCCUUUCCAUGGACUGCGAGGGAUGCAUCGUCGUGGCUAUAGUGGAGGUGGAGCUAGCAGUGCUGGUGGAAGCGACUUGGGGCUCCCUGGAUUUUUUGGAGCCGGUUCAAGUGACACCGGGCUGCCAUUUGAUGUUACCAAAAGCUGGCCUAACAACAACUUCAAUCCUUGA